AUGGAUAACAGAAACAGAGCUAAAAAAAUAGUGAAUAUGGCAUUGCAAUCUUUGCCGCCGCCAUCUUCAUCGACUUCAACAAAUGAAGAUUUUUCAAGUGAUCAUUCUUCUUACCAUCCACAGCAAAAUGUAGAAAUUUCCACAGAAUUAGAAGACAGUGAAGCGGAAAGAGAUAAGAGGGGAAAACAUGUACCUGCUAACAAGCUGUCUGAUGAAAAGUUGAACUGGAUUAAAGACCACAUUAAUAGUUUUCCGAAAUUUGUGAGUCACUAUGGAGAAAGACGAUCAACACGAAAAUAUUUGCGCCCGGAUCUUUCAAUGAACAAAAUGUAUGAACUUUUUAAAGCAAAAUGUGAGUCAGAAGGAAAACCAAUAUUGAAAAAGAGUGCCUACGUCAAAGUAUUUACAACCGAGUUUAAUUUACACUUCUAUAUCCCUAAGGAUACUUGUAAAACCUGUGAUAUGCUCGAGAUCGAGAUAAAGGCGGAAGAAGAUAUAGAAACAUGCCUAGCUAUAAGGGUACAAAAAAGAUCAGCAUAUUAA